AGGUGACGUCAGUCGGGGGAAGGGCUGGCGGCUAGAGAAAACUAGCGGCGCAGGGUUUGGAAAUUAUCGGAUUUACUGCAGCGUCUAGCUGGUUAUCUUUAAUCGUUUCGAUCAAAACAAACAGUGAUUUAUCGACAACGCUUCAGGUCUGGGCCUCAAGGUGGGGCAGAGUGAGGUGGGUGGUGGGGAAGGAAGGCCUAGUCCCCCAUCCUUACAAGAGGCCAGCCCCAGCUUCUGCUCCAGUAGCCCCUAGCCUUAGCCCCUUCAGGACCGAGCUGGAACCAUGAGCACAGGCAAGCCCAGCGGAAUCAAGCCCCCCAGUAAGAUAACCAGGCCAACUGGGUUACCAACACGUACCUCCCCUUCCUCUGCUGCUUCCAAGCCUGUGCCCCCUGAGAAGUCUCCCACCCAGGAUGGAGCAGUGGACUACCAGGUGGGGGAGAAGGUGUGGGUCAACGGUAACAAGCCAGGAUAUGUCCACUUCCUGGGGGGUACACAGUUUGCCCCGGGCCAGUGGGCCGGCAUCAUCCUGGAUGAGGCUAUCGGGAAGAACGACGGGUCGGUAGCGGGGGUCCAGUACUUCCAGUGUGAGGACGGAAGAGGGAUAUUCACACGGCCCUCCAAGUUGACCAAGACAGCAUUGCCGGAGAGGGAGGCCAAUGGUGGGCAGCCUAACCCUGGCGUGACAGGGGCCAACUCCCCUAGCUCUGCUGCUGCUGGGGCUGCUACUACCACUGGUAACAGCACCAAGACACCGCUGAGUAGAACCGUGACGGGCAGUGGGUCAGUGUCCAACCUCUCUGAGACUGACUCAGCCAAGAAGACCAGAAGAGAACUGAGACUGGGAGACCGCGUGCUGGUGGGGGGUACUAAGGCAGGGGUGGUGAGGUUCAUGGGGGAGACAGACUUUGCCAAGGCGGAGUGGUGUGGAGUGGAGCUGGACGAACCUCUUGGGAAGAAUGAUGGAGCUGUGGCUGGAACCAGGUAUUUCCAGUGCCUGCCGCGAUACGGACUGUUUGCUCCAGUCCAUAAAGUGACUCGUAUCGGCUUCCCCAGCACCCUGGCUAAAGCCAAGGCCUCCUCUCGGAGACACUCCACCAUGAAGAGGAGUCCCAGCGCCUCCUCCAUGAGCUCCCUGAGCUCUGUCACUUCCUCUGUUAGUGGGAAACCCAGCCGCGCUGGCCUGUUGACAGAGACCUCGUCGCGGUAUGCUCGUAAGAUCUCUGGCACCACAGCGCUACAGGAAGCCCUGAAGGAGAAGCAGCAGCACAUCGAACAGCUAUUGGCCGAGAGGGACAUGGAACGCGGGGAGGUGGCCAAGGCAACCAGCCAUGCUGGAGAGGUGCAGCAGGAACUGUCUCUGCUCACGAAGGUUCAGGAGCAGUAUGCUAGGGAGAUGGAAGAUAAGCUGGACCAGUUGCAUAAACUGGUGGAGACGGCAGACAGAGACAAGGUGGAGCUGCUCAGCCAACUGGAGGAGGAGAAGAGGAAAGUGGAAGACCUGCAGUUCACUGUGGAAGAGGCUUGCAUCACUAAAGGUGACCUAGAGACGCAGACCAAGCUGGAGCAUGCCCACAGUAAGGAGCUUGAGCAGAGCCUUCUGUUUGAAAAGACCAAAGCUGACAAACUGCAGAGGGACUUAGAGGACACUAGGGUGGCCACAGUGUCUGAGCGGUCCAGGAUCAUGGAGCUGGAGAGAGAGGUAGCGGAGCUGCAGUUGAGACUAUGCUCCUCCCAGCAGACAGUGGGCGCUGUAUCACUGUCACCAGAGGAGCUCAGCAACCUCAAGGCCCGGGCCCAGUCCCAGGAGAAGAAGAUCAGUGAACUGAGUGUGGAUCUGGACAGCAGGCAGAAACAGCUACACUCGGUAGAGGAGGACAAGAGCUCCCUGGAACAGCAGCUAACCAGCCUGAGACAGAAACUGGACGCAGCAGACAAAGACAACAAGAGAAAGGCACAAACCUUGCAAGAGCUGGAGAAGAGAGGAGAGCAGAUGGGAAAAGAGAGGGAAGCACAGAGAGAAGAGAACCAACGCAAAGAGAAAGAGCUUCAGGAUAGACUGACGCAGGCUGCUGAGUCAUCAGAGAGGACCGCCCACUCACUGGAGCAGUUGACCAAUGAGAAGACAGUGCUAGAGGCUCAGCUCGAGGCGCUGAAACAGCAGAAUUCCAAAUUCCAGGAAGAACUCAGUCUCUCGCAGGAGCGGAGCAGCUCAGAAAGCCAGCACAUCAGAACUCUGUGCAAGGAAAUUGCUGCAGACAGGGAAACUCUGUCCAACCAGGAGACAGGGGAGGAGAGAAACUUCCAGAAGACAGAUGAGGACAAAGAGCUGGAGACUCUGAGGAAUGAGAUCGCGGUGCUACGAGGUGAGAACGCCAUGGCCAAGACGCUGCAGACUGCCGUGGAGAUGCUGGAGAGAGACAAGGCACAGCUACAGGAACGCGUCACCAGCCUGGAGCAGAGGCUCAUGGGACGGCAGGUCUCCGAGGGAGGGGACAGUGGAGUGCCUUCCUCAGGUGACACAGCUCUGGACCAGUUGAGAGAAGAGAAGGAGUUUGCAGAAGGACAGAUUAACUUCCUGAACAGUGUGAUCGUGGACCUGCAGAGGAAGAAUGAGGAGUUGAAGGUCAAGCUGAAGAAGAUGGCUCUGGCGGAGUUCAACGGCAAUGACGGCACUGAUGGUUUGGAGGAGGGUGGAUCUAAGAAGGACAAGAAGGCUCCUCCUCGUCUGUUCUGUGAUAUCUGUGACUGUUUUGACCUCCAUGACACAGAGGACUGUCCGACCCAGGCCCAGAGCCCUGACUCAGUCCCCCACUCUUCCUUCAAGGGCAAACCCGCCGACCAGCGGCCGUACUGCGACAUCUGUGAGGCCUUCGGUCACUCCACAGAGUCCUGCCAGGAAGACCAGACCUUCUAGACACACUCUCAUCUACUCACCCCACCCAUGCCAGGCCCUAGCUUAGGACCAGGCCCUGCACAGACCACCAAACACACACCAGACUCCUUUCUCUGGGUUUUUAAUAACAUAUUGUAUUUAUGUAUGUCACCCACUGUCAUAGUCCACUAAGAUAACCCUUAAUCACCUGCUACAAAAUACUCUCCUACUAUUUCAAAUACUUCUUCUAACUCUCCUCUCCUCCCUCUCUCUAACUCUCCUCUUAUCCCUCUCCUCUCUCUCUAACUCCCUCUCCUACAUCCAGAGAUAUGCUGCUGUGGUGAAAUAUCAAUUUUAGGAUUGGAACAAAAGGAAUCAGUCUUCUGUUAUUAGUUCAUAAAGGAAUCAGUCUUCUGGUAUUAGUUAAUACAGGAAUCAGUCUUCUGUUAUUAGUUCCUAAAUGAAUCAGUCUUCUGUUAUUAGUUCCUAAAGGAAUCAGUCUUCUGUCAUUAGUUCAUAAAGGAAUCAGUCUUCUGUCAUUAGUUCAUAAAGGAAUCAGUCUUCUGAUAUUAGUUCCUAAAUGAAUCAGUCUUCUGUUAUUAGUUCCUAAAGGAAUCAGUCUUCUGUCAUUAGUUCAUAAAGGAAUCAGUCUUCUGAUAUUAGUUCAUUCUUUUAUGUAUUUGUUUGUUUUUAUAUACAGCAUGGGUUGGUUUUUGACUUCAGUUCCUACUGAACCGGGCAAGAGGGAGGGCACUUGAUGCAGACGUACGUGUGGUGAAGGGCCUGGAUGCACCAGACUGGUUCACUGCUAAUAGCACUAUUAAUGAUUCAUGUUUCUCUAACACAUUCUGAGUCAGUGUACUGUGUCCAGGCCCUGACAUGGACCCUAGGGAUGUCCACUCCACACAGGGAACAGCUAGUACCACAGGACACAUCUACUUGUACCACUAGGUUGCGUUCAGUAGGCACGAAAUGGUAGAGAAUGUUUAAGAACUGAGAUAUUUUGGGAAAUUCUCCACAAAAAAAGCUCAUUUUCAGUUUUCUGUUUUCAUGCCCACUGAACAUUAGCCUGGUGCUAGUUGCAAAGGUUCGCGUUUUUCGUCAUGAAUCUUGUUCUGGAGGCAGUUCUGCAGAGUGGUCACUAGCUGGCACAGCCACAAAGUCAUAAAAUCUGAUUUUAACCUUAAAUUAAGAACAAAAAGCAAAUUUUUGUUUUAAUACAUUUUCACAAUAUAGCCAAUUUUUACUUUGCAGCUGGCCUAUCUAAAGGGAAAUCGCUAAGUUCUGCAUCCAGGACAAGACUCAUAACUAUUAACGUCAACCUGCGCUAGUUGCAGGCCCAAACCAAACCAAGGCAACAGGAUGCCAGCCACUAUUAACUUACUGCACUACUCACUUUAAAACUCCCUCUUUUAGAAUACAGGACACACUUAUAUACUGCCAUUCUAAAACAAAGAUAGUCUUAACUUAUUGAUUUGAUAAUAAAUGUCAAGACAGAAUGGUACCUAGUAGUUACUGUCACGUUUUAUGUAGAUGUUUUUUAUGUAUUGUCUUUUAAAAACGACCUGUAUAGAUAUACGUGUACUAGAGCUAUGUACUGAAGCACACAGUUAGGAUCAUAUUGAAUCUCGCAGUGUAUCAAAGAUAUGUAUGCUAGAUAUAUGUGACUAACCAAUGACACCUGUCUUUGUAAAUACCCAUCAGACGUUUUCUGAAAGAACAGAAUGUGUACAAGGUGCCAUGGAAACAAAAGGAUAUUUGAUGUGUAUUUUAUUCUUCCGCCCUGUCUUGAUAGGAAACUGACCUGUACGUUGUUGUGUGAUAACGCUGGAUCGACUCCAGGGAACAAACUUAACACACUUGUAAAGAUGUUAACUCUAUAAGCACAUUGUUGACUCUUUCUACUGUACUAAGUGACGUGUCUGAUUAGUGCACCGUUUUCUAUGUUACACUUAACGUUAAGGCAUCAUCUAUAAAGGCUUUAUAAAGGGUUUGUAGUUCAUAAACCGUUAUAAACCCUUUACAGAUGAGGACCCUGAAAGUGGUACUGUUUUUCUAUGUUCUGUAUACACCUAAUGAUUCAAUACAACAGAUACUAUAAAAACAAAUACUCCAUCUGUGGCGUCUUGAGUUUCUCUUAUCUGAUGAUGUAAGCUAUAGUCCAACAAUCUAUCAAUAGAAGACUAAGUGGAAUAAACUACAACCAUAUUGCGUACACCUAUCCAAUCCAUCCUUUCAGAUCUUCACGGAGUGUCCAGUGGGGAGGAGUAGGGAUUGUUUCUGGACAAGACU